CGCGGCCGCGCCCGCGAUGGUGCGCAUCGCGGAAGAAGAACGCCCGAUCUCCGUGGACGCGCUCCGCGCAGAUCUCGCGGAGAGCCGACUGCGAGAGAUGAAGCUCGCGGAGGAAGUCUCGGAGCUGAAGGAUUCGAUCGACGCGGGAGCGGGCGACGCGGACAAGGACGCGGCGGUGAAGCGCGCGAUGGAGACGCAGCGCGCGAGCCAGGCGACGAUCAAGAGCCUAGAGAGCGAAGUGCGCGCGCUGCAGACGAAGCUGCGGAUGAUGGAAGCGCACAAGGCGUUCGCGGCGUCGGACGAAGACGACGCGAGAAGGGCGCUCGAGAGCGCGAUGAUGCUGUUCGCGCUCGCGAUGACGCUCCUCGUGUUCUUGGGCGUGUCCGAGUGGGCGGGGUGGACGGACGUGAUCGGGUGGGUCGCGCGGAGCAAGCUCGGGGACGGCGGCGGCGAGUGUCGCGCGACGUGA